ACCAUCUACAGCGAUGUACCAAGCGAGACUCCGGGAUCGUAUUGUAGAUUCUGUUUCCGGGACACGGAGCUUAUCCCGAUUUUCCACCCGGUCACCCAGGAACCUGUCAAUAGGCAGUUAAUCGAUAUGGUUUUGGAAUGUACCGAUAUACGGCUACUGGCCAAUGAAGACUUUCCGUCGUCCGCCUGCCAGGGUUGCCUUCAGUUGCUACAGGAGUUUUACCAUUUCCGUCAGCGUACAAAAGAAUACGAUCGUAUGAUACGGACAAAAACAGUUCCGCGGUCGGAUGGUGAGGUGCUUAUAGUCAAGCAGGAACCCCUCGAAGAUGACACGCUGGAAAGUGUCCGGAGACAGUAUUUGGCAGAUCAACUUCAACAACAGUCGGAAGAGGAAGAUCAGGAAAUGGAGGCUGAGGAUGACGAUGAGGAACAUGAAAUCGGAAGCAGCAGCAGUACACUCACUGCCGAAGAGUCACGGGAUGAAGAAUUUGAGCAUCCUGAAUUGAGUGCCAUCUUUAAAGUGCGUACUACGUCUGGUUCGAGUGGUUCUAAGACUACUGGAACCGGAACGGCAGUAGCUAUGGAAGAGAAUCGCUGCAUGGCAUGCGGUGAAAAAUUUAUCUCCCGAGAGGCCUGGAUCAAUCAUCUGCCUCAACAUGCCGCCGAGCGACCCUUCCAGUGCCAUAUCUGUUUGGCACAGUUCAAAACCAAAUACGUGCAGCAGAAUCAUAUUAAAACCGUUCACCAAAACAUACGCUCGUACCAAUGCGAAAUUUGUAUAAAUCCAGUUCGACAGUUCAAGAGUAAACGCACAUUAGAGGACCACAUGCGAUACCACACGGGCGAACGGCCUUUCGUUUGCGUCCAGUGUAACCUGAGUUUUUCCUCGGGCAGUGUACAUCGCAAUCACAUGUAUAGGCUGCACCGAGAAAUGCGUAAGAAGGAUCGCAAGUGCAACUUUUGUGACAAAGAGUUUGACCGAAUAUUGGAUCUUAAACGACACCAAACAAGCUACUGCGAAAAGAUUGUAGGUCGGGCUAUGCCGAGCGGCUGUAAACGCCAUCUUGAACAAAGCAUAUUUUCACUCGAUUUUCCCAAAAAAGGGAAAUGCAAGGAUACGAUAACAGAAGCAAGCGAAUGCUACAAAAUAGUUUAUUUCGCACACCCACAGAAAGUAACAGAAUUUGGUAUUUCUAUAGCAAAGAUUAGUGUUUAUCCGCCAGUGAAAUCAACGUAAUAAAUAUAAAACAAACUGUACUAUCAACACAAUAUAGGUUAUAGAUUUGUAAGGUGGUGCUAACAUCCCACGUAAUCAGCAGAAAAAUAUAUAGUUUUUAAAACGAAUAAUAAAUGCAUUACAUGGACAUUGGAGUGUCUUCGGUGUAAAGAAAA